AUGGACUUCAUCGUCGGCACCUUCAACUACGAAACCCUCUACACCCUGCACUUCUCCCCUCCAACCCGCACCCAGCCGACCGCAAGCCUCAGCAUCCUCCGCAGCAGCCCAGCAAUAGGCGGCCACUCCUGGCUCACCCUCUCCCCCACAAAAGAAUACCUCUACACAACAGCCUGGACCAAGCCCAACCCCUCCAUAGCAGCGUACAAACUGCGCGCCUCAGGCCGCGAAAUCCAAUUCCUCAACGCCAAACCCGUCGCCGCGCUUUCCGGGUACGUGUGCACGAACGGGACCCACCUGUUCAGCGUGGGCGGUCCGUCAGGCGAAGUCUUCCGGCUAGAGAAGGACGGGAGUAUAGGCGAGUGCGUGCAGAACCUCGAUUUCGUGACCGGGCACGGGGAGAAUGUAUCCGAGAACCGGAAUCGAGAUGCGCCAGGCGCGGCGCACGGGUCUUUCGGCGGCUUACGACAUGGUGCGCACUCGGUGGACCUCUCGCCUGACGGCCGCAGUUUGUACGUCGCGGACAUUGGCCGGAAUGCCAUCUUCACCUACAGCGUGGGCAAAUUCAACUUGCGGGAUCUCUACGAUCCGCCGCUGAAGCUAGGGACGAAGCACAUCUCGCCCAGACCGAACGACGGGCCGCGACACUCCUGGCCGCACCCGAACGGGAAAGUGCUGUACGUGCUGCAAGAGCACACCAGCAUGGUGGACGUGUUCGCCAUCGCCGAGGACGGCGUGACUCUGGAGCACAAGCAGGGCGUCAAAAUUAUUCCCGCGGAGAAGGAGGCGAAAGAGUACUGGGCGGAUGAAGUCCGGCUCGAUCAGAGCGGCGAUGCCUCCCGGCCGAAAUUCAUGUACGCUUCCACGAGGGGCCUGCAGGCUUCGACAAAGGGAUACGUCGCCGCAUUCUCCCUGGACGAGCACGGCUACUUGAUCUCCGAAACCGCAAUCCACAUCUGGGAAACGCCGACGUCAGGCGGUUUAGCGAAUGCCAUUGAGCCUGCGCCGCCUAUCAAAGGCCAGCGCGAGGAUGUGCAGUACUUGGCCAUGACGGAUAGCGAGGAGGGGUGGGUGUUUAUGUUGAGUUUCGACGGCAAGAAGAUUGCCGAGGUGGCGAGGGUGAGUUUGGGGAAGACGGAGGAGGGGGAGGUGGUGGGUGCUGCUACUGCUGUUUGGCUG